GGCGCACGGCUGACUCGGCCCUUUUCUAAGUCGGCGCGAGUGGGAGUAGUGUCGUUCGUUUUGGACUCAGGCUAGGCCUCGCCUGAUUAUCGCCACCAUCAUGUCGAAGUCUGAGUCCCCCAAAGAGCCUGAACAGCUUCGCAAAUUGUUUAUUGGAGGUCUAAGUUUUGAGACAACAGAUGAAAGCCUUCGCAAUCACUUUGAACAAUGGGGCACACUUACAGACUGUGUGGUGAUGAGAGACCCGAACACAAAGCGUUCCAGAGGUUUUGGAUUUGUCACUUACGCCACAGUAGAAGAGGUUGACGCUGCCAUGAAUGCCAGACCACACAAAGUAGAUGGUAGAGUUGUUGAACCAAAGCGAGCUGUAUCCAGAGAGGACUCUCAAAGGCCAGGAGCUCACUUAACAGUAAAGAAAAUCUUUGUCGGGGGAAUCAAAGAAGAUACGGAAGAACACCACUUGAGGGACUACUUUGAACAGUAUGGCAAAAUUGAAGUAAUUGAGAUCAUGACCGACCGUGGCAGUGGCAAAAAGAGGGGGUUUGCCUUUGUUACUUUUGAUGACCAUGACUCUGUGGACAAGAUAGUCAUUCAGAAAUACCACACUGUGAAUGGGCACAACUGUGAAGUCAGGAAAGCUUUGUCAAAGCAGGAGAUGGCCAGUGCCUCAUCCAGCCAAAGAGGCCGUAGUAGUUCUGGCAGCUUUGGUGGUGGCCGAGGAGGUGGAUUUGGCAGCGGUGAAAACUUCAACCGUGGCAGCAACUUUGGUAGCCGUGGUGGCUUUGGUAGUCGCAGUGGAGGUGGCUACGGAAGCAGCGGAGACGGCUAUAAUGGCUUUGGUAAUGACGAAGUUUCCAGUGGAUCCAAGAACAUUUCUGACCUUCCUACAGGUUAUGGAGGCAGUGGCCCUGGGUACUCUGGAGGAAGUAGAGGUUAUGGCAGUAGUGGCAGCUAUGAUGGCUAUAACAAUGGAGGUGGCGGCGGCAGCGGCGGCUUUGGUGGCGGCAGUGGUGGAAGCAACUUUGGAGGCGGCGGAAACUACAACGAUUUUGGCAGUUAUAACAACCAGUCUUCAAACUUUGGACCCAUGAAAGGAGGAAACUUUGGAGGCAGGAGCUCUGGCCCAUACGGUGGAAGUGGAGGAGGUGGUGGUGGUGGUGGUGGCUAUGGUGGCUCUGGCAGUGGUAGUAGCUAUGGUGGCGGAAGACGGUUUUAAUUCCUCGGAGAAGAGGAGCUGCCCAGCGCUAGACACCUUCGUGCAGGGACUGUCUGUGGAUCUUCCUUUCUCAAGAAAGGUAAACCCAGCAAACCUGGAUCUGAGGAAGGUUGAGGUGAGCCAGGAUUUUACUCUGGUAGCUUUAUGGAAAUGAGCCAGAGAAGUCACAAGAGCUCUUCAGGUCAGUGUCCAGGACCAGAGUUGGCUCCAAAGAGUUUUGGUGUUCUCUUUGUAGCUAAUCGAUGAAUUUCAGGCUGCUGUUAGAAUACUGGUGAUACGCUUUGAGAAGAAAUCUGUGUUAAUGGUGCUGUCUUGUAACUUGGUGGUUUUCCUUCUCUUGCAGGACUCAACAUGGAUACCGUAAAUCUUUCAGUGAAAGUUAAAAUGGCUACUGGGUAGCUGAAUGUGAAUAAUUCCUAUGAACCUCUCUUUUGUAUUCAAUAAAGCUUUUUGC